AUUAGUAAACUGUUUUAUUACCUAUAAUCAUGUUGUUAAACAUUUUCAUUAUUUGACAGCUAAACUGCAAAGCAAAGCAUCAUCAACACACUAGUUUAUACUAUUACAUAACCUGAUUGAUUAUUGUUAUUGACAUUACUGUGAAGAGAUAAGAGUUGCUGUAUACUCAACUACCUGAUUAGAAUAAACUGUAGCACAAUUUUCUCUCCUUCCUUGUGAAUGAGUUGUUAUCUGCUUUCAUCACUGCUAUAAUCAAUUGUCUCUUCGUGUGUGUGUACGUGAGCGUGUUUGCGGGAGGAAACAUACAGAGAAAAAAGGAGGCUAAACAAACGGAACAGGAAUACUGAUAUCCAGAUAAUUGUUCAUAAAAUUAACAAAAAGAAAAACGGAUCACACUGAUCAGCAGCCUUGAGCAUGGAAAUACCGAUUACAACAGAUUUAACAAACAAUUGGUCACUGAUAAGUACAAAUGCAUCUCAGUUGCCUUCAAUACAACAGCCACAACAGCAACAAACAACUGUCGACUUACAACAGACAUUUAUUGGAACCUAUAAUAAUCCUUCAGUCAGUGAACUUGUCACACUAAUGCCGACAUCCACAUCACCAACAUUGUCAACUGUAUCCACACCGGGUAAAAGAAUGAAUGAUCCACAAGCCUAUUGGAAUGAAAUCAAUCAAUCUGUAAAUGGAAUUACACAGAUACACUCAGAGACGAUAACUGGUUAUUAUUCAAAUUCAAUAGGUUCUUCUUCUGCUUCUAUUAUAUGUCCUAUUAUAAAUCCACAAAUAACUCAACUACCGCCAAGUUGUUCAUCAUCAUCUUCUUCUUCUGGUGUAAAGCAUCCACAUUCAGCUAAUUCGAUGCAUUCAACCAGUUCAGGAAUGGUAUUAAGUACUACAGGAAAUUGUGGUACUAAACUUCCUCGUCAACGUAAAAAAGAUCCCUACAUUCCUAGUUAUAUGGAUCCAGCUAAUGGUCCUGAACCAUGUGUUGUCUGUGGGGAUAAUGCUACCGGAUUUCAUUAUCGUGCUAUGACAUGUGAAGGUUGUAAAGGAUUUUUCCGACGUUCAGUACAAAAGAAACUUGUCUACACGUGUAAAUUUAAUGGAAGGUGUUCAGUUUCAGAUAAACAGAAUAGAAACAGCUGUCAAAAGUGUCGUUUCGAUCGAUGCAUUAAAGGUGGUAUGGCUAAAGAUUUGGUAUUGGAUGAAGAGAAACGCUUAGCAAAACGUCGUCUUAUUGAAGCUAAUCGUGCACGUAAACGUGCUGAAUCCGACAGUGCAAUGCAACAAGGCCACUUGACUUCAGGUCCAAGUCCACCGAAACAAACCAGCUUCUCACAACAACAACAACAACAACAACCAUCACUACAACCACCAUCUGUUCAACAGAUUCCUGUUACUCCAUCACCUCUUCUAUCGUCUCCAUUAGUCAGUCAACAAAAUCCACUGAAUCAUCAAAUCAGACAACAACCACAAUCACAACAAAUUAGAUCACCAUUAGUUUCAACAACAAAUCAACAACGUCCUCCUGUGCUACACACCAGUUAUCCAACAACAAUAACUACACAAACAGGAAUGAUGAAUUUCACUAAUAUAUCAUCAAAUGAUGGGAAUUCAACUCACCAACUGCAUAUGUGUACAAAUCUUAGUCCAAAACCAACAGGUUCAUCGACAACCUGUGUGACUAGUUUCGCUCGACAUGAUUCUACAUCGGCACUUCAAGGAAUAUACGAUCCAAAUUGUGCUAUGCUUCCAUUGUUACAAACUUCACCGACAAGAAAUCAAUUUAUCUAUUCAGAUGGCAGUUCUCCAGUACAUCAUCACCAGCAAGGUCAUCAUUAUCUAAGUCCUAAUCAUCAUCAACCUUCACCGGCUUCAUUUCAUCAGCAUCCAGAGCCACCGAUAGUACAUUCUCUACCAGCUCCAACUACUGAUAUGCUGUUGAAUAACGCAUCGCAUUCAAAUUCUUUGAUAAACAUCACAUCAAAUCUUCAAAUGGACCCUAAUACUAAUAUUUAUUGGCCAAAUAAUUCAUGUGUAAGUGAUGGAGUAAUGGAGAGUACAUUUCAUCAACCUUUAACCACGUUACAUAACAAUAAUAAUAAUAAUAGUAAUGACAGUGUUGGUCAAAUGCAUCAACAGGUUCCAGCAUCAAACACUUCCGGACAACAUCAUCAAAACAGUAUGAUUCAUACAAAUGUUGUAACUAAUUCCACAUGGGAUAGUGAACAGUUUACAUCAUCGAUUAUAUCUACUGGAAGUCAUAUUUCACAAUGUUGUCCUGGAAAUAUAGUCAGUGAAACUCUAUCGUAUACGUCAAAUCCACAACAACACUUUCAACAUGUUGAACAGCAAUCGCCUCACGAUCACCAACACCAUCAACAGCACCAACAACAAGAGCCAUCUCCACCUCAAUCAGUUACACCGUUGAAACAUCAUCCAGAAGUUACACUAGUUAUGCAAAAUACAAAUUCUUUGAAUAUUUUUCAAACAGAUCCACCAAUUCUAGGGAGUAGUUCAACACUUAACAGCACCAACAACGACAGUAACAGUACUACUACUACUACUAAUAAUAAUAAUGAAAUGAAUAAUAUGAAAUUGAUUCAAUUAGGGGAUGAAAAUUUUACCACAUCGAUGACUUCAAUGGUGAAUACACCGUCUGAUAUUAAUUCAUUAUAUCCAACAUCUUAUUCCUCCUGCUCCUUGUCAUCAUCAGCAUCGGCAUCAUCAUCAUCGGCUUCUUCUUCAUGUUCCAGUUCUUCAUCAAUCGCCUCGUCUUCAUCAUCAUCAUCUAAUUAUUCAAUACCACCAAUAGGUAAAGAAGGAGAGGAAAAAUUUCCUAUAAUUUUCAAGUCAGAUAACUCAUUCAGUGGGACAGAUGAACUAUUUCUUUGGACAAUUGAUGAUCAAAAUUUAACUGAUUCAAUUCGUAAUGCUUAUGAAUCGACAUAUUUUGAUUCGCCUACUAAAAAAUUUCCUCAAGAGAAGUCAUUGACGGAUAACACCAGUGAUGAUGUUCAAAUGAAUUCAGGUGAAUUUGUUAUUAAAAGCAUCGUAGAUUCACAUGUGACGGGGUUUCUUACAAAGUUGGAUGAAAUAGAACAAGAAGAUAUAAACCAGGCAAGAGCAUUUUAUAUGACAACAUUUCAUGAUUUAGCUUAUCUCAUUGAACCAGCAAUAACACGUUUAGUAACAUUUGCUAAACAAGUGUCAGGAUUCGAUUUGCUCGAAGCUGAUGAUCAAAUUCGUCUAUUGUGUGGAUGUUGCCUUGAUCUAAUCACACUAAGAGCUGCUUACUGUUUGAGUAGAUCAGUGAAAGCUCAAAGCUUAACUGAAAAUACUUUAUCAACCCAAACAUCAACACCAUCACAAGUCAGCACAAAUAAUCAAAUCAACAACAACAACAACAAAGAUUCAUAUCAUCAAAACAAUUACAACAGUAAUAAUAAUAAUAAUAAUAGUUGCAAUAAUUACAACACCCUUACACCCCCACAUAUACCAAAUACUAAUUAUCCAAAACUUGGUACAUCUGAUGAAAAGUGUGCUCAACUAAUUCGUGGUAUAGCUAUUAAAAUGGCUAAAUUGAAUAUUGAUCAAACUGAUGUUGCAAUGAUGGCGGCUAUUUUAUUAAUGUCCCCAGAUCGAAGUGACCUUCUAAAUACAGACAUAAUAGAGAAUAAUCAAAGUACUCUACUGGAAACAUUUAAUCGUUAUGUCAAUCGUUCCCGUGGACAAAUUAAACAAUCCGGUAAUUAUUCAAUUCCCAGCUCACAAUGUUGGCCACGUAUUAUAAUGACACUGACUGAACUACGUUCGGUAACAAUGUGUGCACAAGAUUUCUUCACGCAUACUCAGGAGGAACACAAUGAUGAUACAAAUCAGUUACCAUGGUAUUUUCAUGAAUUAUUUUUAGUUGAAAAUGAAGAGAUGGUCAAGGUUAAAGACUGAAAUUCAGCGGUGGUAGAUCUACGCGCAUUUGAAGUUUAAACUAUGCUACUUUUUUUUUCUAAUAUACACCAAAAUAGAAGUAAAACAAUCUUAGUUGAAUAUUGGACAUUGAAUUAUAUUUCAGUUGUCAAUAUCACCUUUAAUCUGUAUGAGUCACCUUGUUCAUUUUCAACUUUCAGUCCUUUAAACAACAUUAUAGUCCAGUGAAGAGAGACGAGCUUAUAUUUCUGCCUUCUCAACUUAGUAUUGGUAUAAUUUUAAGACAGUUAUCUUAGUGACAAAAACAAUCGCAGCAACAUUAAAAGCUUUCGACUACCUCUCUUUGUUUUGAACAUUUGCACAACGUUUCUAUACCCUACAUCUCUUCUUCUUCUUAUCAUUAUUAUCCCAUUUUAUCCUUUUUUUUCUAAACAUAAUAAUACUUCUUCAAGUUCUCGAAUGAACACAUGUGUGAUAUGCCGAAUCAAAAAAGAAAUUUUGAUUAAGGCGCCGUGUCUUUUCUCAUUUUUUGCAAUGAUUUAUUCAAAGUAUCUGCUGCUUAGAAAAAAAUAUUCAUACCAGCCACUAUUCAAUGGUGUUAUACGCCACUGUGUUAUGCACAAGUAAACUGUGACACACACACACACACAACAACACAUCAAAAUCUCAGGGAUUCAAAAUAAAAUUCAAAUUUGCCUCAUUUACAAGUGAUAGAGAUAGGCAAAUUUUUUUUCUCUGUCGUUUAACCCUCCUUUUCUUUUUAUCAUAAUAUAGAAAGUUCAUAGAAAGUUCAAGGGUCUCGAAUGUGCACAGCUACAUUGUACCACUACAUUUUCUGUCUUUGGUGAAUGAAAGGAAGAACGGAUAUUCUUUUAGGCUUAACAGAAUAUACCUGUGAUUAUUAUUAUUAUUAUUAUAUCUCUUUCUAUUAAUUAUCUCUAUUUCUAUUAUACAUUUGUUUGUACCUUAGUGUGUUAGAUAUCAGCCUGUGAAAACUCUAUUGUCCCUUUAAUUUUUUCGUAAUAAUAAUGUUCAAUAAUAUUGUUUUUAUUUAAACAACA